CACAAUACAUUUGUGCCUGCGUCUAAACCUUUGCUUAAAACAUGCCAACUCUGUUCCUCCAUUUCUUCCUCUUCUUAAUCACUACCACUGUUACUAACCUCAUCCCCAUAGUUCACAGCAACUGUAUUGAAGCCGAGAAACAAUCAUUGCUCCAUUUCAAGAGAAGUCUUGUAUUUAAUUCUUCCGAAUCCGUCAAGCUCAUAACAUGGAAGUCGCGUACCGAAUGUUGUUCUUGGCUCGGUGUAACUUGCAGCACUAUUGGGAGUGUUGUUGGUCUUGACAUCAGCAGUGAGUCUAUCUCAUGCAGCAUUGACAAUUCAAGCAGUCUCUUUCAACUUCAACAUCUUCAGAGCCUCAAUUUGGCCGAUAACAACUUCAAAAGCUCUUCAAUUCCAUCUGCAAUUGGAAAGCUUACAGAGUUGAGGUAUCUGAAUUUAGGUGAUGCUUAUUUUUCUGGGGUUAUUCCCAUUGAGAUUUCACGCUUAACAAGGCUGAUAACUCUUGAUCUUUCUAAUAAUUCCUACCCCUCUUUUGCUGAGAUCCAGAAUUUAAGCAUGCUAAUUCAUAACCUCACAGAGCUUACAGAGUUAUAUCUUGAUUCAGUAGUGCUAUCAGGACAAGGGAGUGACUGGUGCGAAGCCAUAUCAUCUUCGCUGCCAAAUCUGAGGGUGUUGAGCUUGUUUGGUUGUCGUCUUUCAGGCCCUAUAUGUGACUCCCUUGCAAAGCUUCAAUCUCUGCAUGAGAUUGACUUGUCACUUAAUCAACUCAAUGGGAGUAUUCCUUCAUCUGUUGUUUCUCUUCCCAAACUGGAAAGAUUAACACUCUCCCACAAUCGGUUCUCGGGUCAAGUCCCUGAAUUUUCCAAUACCUCUUCGCCCUUAUUUGACACCCUUAUUUGGAAAACAACAAUUUGGAAGGACAAAUACCAACAUCUAUCUUCAAUCUUCAAGGACUUCUGUUUCUCAAUCUUUCUUCAAACAACUUCAGUGGCUUCCCUUUUAAUGGUCCACGGCUGCCCAGAAAUCUUUCAUCGGUUAAUCUUUCCAACAAUAGCAUGUUGUUUGAUUACAAUGGCAGUAAAUCCUCCUUCCUUCAGAUUCGCCACUUGAUAUUGGCUUCUAACAAGUUGAGAGCAUUCCCAGAUUUCUUGAGAAAUCAGUCCAUAUUAUACCACUUGGACCUUUCAAACAACCAGAUUCAAGGCAUGAUACCUAAUUGGAUUUUGAUUCUCAAAACUCUUAAUUCCCUUGAUCUUUCUGGCAACUCCUUUGCAAGUCUUGAAGCUCCUCUUCCUAAUUCCACUUCUGCUUUAUCUUCUCUGGACCUUCAUUCCAACAAGCUUCAAGGUGAGGUACCUAAUUGGAUUUUCAGUCUCAAAUCUCUCAAUUCCCUUGAUCUUUCUGGCAACUCCUUGGCAAGUCUUGAAGCUCCUCUUCCUAAUUCCACUUCUGCUUUAUCUUCUCUGGACCUUCAUUCCAACAAGCUUCAAGGUGAGGUACCUAAUUGGAUUUUCAGUCUCAAAUCUCUCAAUUCCCUUGAUCUUUCUGGCAACUCCUUGGCAAGUCUUGAAGCUCCUCUUCCUAAUUCCACUUCUGCUUUAUCUUCUCUGAACUUUCAUUCCAACAAGCUUCAAUCCCAUUUAACCUACUUGGACCUCUCGGGCAACCAGAUUCAAGGACAGAUACCCAAUUGGAUUUGGAUUUUUGAUUCUCUGCAAGAACUAAAUCUUUCUUGUAACUCCUUGGAAAGUUUAGAAGCUCCUCUACUUAAUUCUAGCUAUGUUCUGUCAUCGAUUGAUCUUCAUUCAAACCAGCUUCAGGGACAUUUCCCCUUGUUCUUAAGUAGUAGUUAUCUAGAUUAUUCAAGAAAUAAUUUCAGCUCUAGUAUACCGACUGACAUUGGUGACUUCAUUUCUGGGUCUUACCUUUCUCUUUCAAGCAAUAACUUUCACGGAGCCAUUCCAAAAUCAAUAUGCAAUACAAGGGGUAAUGUUCUUGAUCUGUCCAAUAAUUCCUUGAGUGGAAACAUUCCCCAAUGCUUGACUCAAUCACUUUCACAUGUGGUCAUUGAUUUGAGAAGAAACAACCUGAGUGGCACAAUUCCUGAUAAUUUUCUCAAGGGUUGCAAUCUACAAACUCUAGACCUCAGUAACAAUCAGAUACAAGGCAAGUUUCCAAAAUCUCUUGUCAACUGCUCAAAGUUAGAGGUUUCAAACAUUGGAAACAAUAACAUAGCUGAUACUUUUCCAUGCUUUUUAAUGAGCUUAACCACAUUGCGUGUCCUUGUUUUGCGGACCAACAAGUUUUAUGGAAGCAUUGGAUGUCCCAAGACCAAUGGCACAUGGCCUGUGCUUCAAAUAAUAGAUUUAGCUCACAACAAUUUCAGUGGUGAUAUGCCAGGAAGAUUGUCUCUAACAUGGCAGGCUAUGGUGUCUAAUAAGGAUGAUUCUCCAACUAACCUUGGAUUUUCUUCUGGAUUUUCUUCUGGAUUUUCUUCUAAUCACCGGUGCAAGAAUAAUCCAACUCUUAGAGAAUGUUAUUCGUAUGGUGGAGAAACAUAUAAUAGAGAAACAUAUAUUAGAGAAACAUAUAUUGACUUUUAUUAUAGAGAUACAAUUACAACUAUCAUCAAAGGUUUAGAAUUGGAUGUGGUUAAGAUUUUAACUAUAUUCACCUUGAUUGACUACUCCUCCAACAAGUUCAACGGAUCAAUACCUGAGGAAAUUGGAGAGUUGAAAUCACUACAUGUUCUCAACUUAUCCGGUAAUGCUUUCACCGGAAAAAUCCCAUCAUCAUUUGGUAAGAUGCGGCAAUUGGAGUCCUUAGAUCUCUCAAAGAACCACUUGAGCGGCCAAAUUCCCCCCGAGUUUGCAAAUCUCAAUUUCCUUUCGCACUUGAAUGUCUCAUAUAAUCAAUUGACAGGAAGGAUCCCAACCAACACUCAGUUUUCGACAUUUCCAAGUACCUCCUUUGAGGGUAAUAAAGGAUUAUGGGGGCCUCCUCUGACAUCGGAUGUAGUAUUGCCGCCACCAAUUUUAAAUGGAAGCUCAAGUGAUCCGAAUUCUGGAGAUGAGAUUGAUUGGGAUGUUAUCUGUGUUGAAAUUGGAUUUACAUGUGGGUUUGGAAUUGUCAUUGGGUCACUUUUGUUUUGCAAAAGAUGGAGGAAAUGGUAUUACAGAGCUAUGUGUAGUUUUCUUUUCAAGAUAUUCCCUCAGUUGGAGCAGAGAUUUGGUAAUCAUAGAAGACACGUCUACGUAAACACAAGGCGUUGAAUUGGUUCGAAUGUAGUUGGACUCUAUAAUGCCUGAGCCUCACUUGGGCGUCUUUUCGUUGUUAUCACCACAUCUAGUCGUUGUUGUUACUGCUGUUUUUGUUUUUUGUUUUUUAUUUUUUAUUUUUUACCUAGUACUAUAAAUGUUGUGUAGUGUAGCAUAUCGUUGUGCUAGUCGUUUAUGUAAUAUGGUUAUUGUAAUAUAUUAACUUUGUGUGACUUUUGUUUGGAUUAAUAGGUUAAUAGGUAA